UUUUUAGGUAAAAAUGAUCUACGUGCUUUUGCUAUCCCUCGCAGUCGUUGCCGUCGGCGAGGAUGCAUCCACUCAAACUCGGGAUGCCUUCAUCGUUGCUAGUAAGUUCCCUCAAUCAAUCUACGCAGUGGAAAACAUGGAUCUUGUUCUGGAGUACGAAUUGUACAAUACCGGCGACAAGGCUGCUCUGAAGGUAACACUUGACGACAGACACUCGUUCCCUACCCAGUCCUUCGAAAUUAUCAAAGGUCUGCUGAAUGUUCGAUUUGAAAGGAUCAAUCCUGGAGCCAAUGCAACUCAUUCUGUCGUUAUUCGACCACGUCAGUUUGGAGUUUUCAACUACACCUCUGCCCAAGUCACAUAUACAUCUGAGGACAGCAGCGACAUUCGGGUCGGAUACACCAAUGCUCCUGGAGAGGGCUACAUCUACCGUUUGAAAGAGUACGAGCGAAAGUUUGCUCCCAAGUACAUUUACUGGAUCGUCUUCUUCAUCCUCAUUGCACCCACCACGCUUGGAUCUUAUCUUGCCUAUUCCAAGAGCAAGAACAAGUACGAAGAGCUGGCCAAGAAGAAGAACUAACUUUGUUCGGAAAUAGUCAAGGUGAUUCUCAGAUCCUUUGAGUUGUCGUUGAAAAUGUAUCCACUUUUCGUCAUAUCUCAUCAAUUAUAAUGCAUCCUUCCAUCAGUAAUACCUGAAAAUUUUUUUGUUAUUGCCUUCUCGUGCUAUAAGUUUUCGCGUCAUCUCACAGAGUACUGCUUGGGUAUGUAUGUUGUUCGUAGGCUACUUCUAUCCGCGAGUGUUGAUCAACCUGAAGUGCGGCGGGUCAUCGCUGUUUGAAGUUUUUUUUCGUUAGAACUAAAUUUCUGUGAUUAUCUCAUUGAUUUAUUUGUUUGUUUGUGUCUUUUUGUUUGGAGAGAUAAAUUAUUUAUUUC